AUGAGUAUGGAGGUGGUUACUGAUGUGGCGUCAUUGGACGUUGAAUUGUUGCAGCUUCCCGAGAUUUCCACUUUGGCUCUCAAAAGUAAUCUCAAUUUUGUGGAGAAGCUAUUCGAACAGUGGUUGUCCCUUCCCGAAAGUAAUCGAUUGGUAACAUCAUUGCUCAAUGACGCCAAGUCAGGUGCUCCUUUGAAUGUUCCUGGGAGUUGCUCUAGCCCAAAUGCUGCAAGUAAUUCUUUGCCUUCCAUGUUUCCUGCUGGUACUGCUCCGCCCCUUUCACCGAGAAGUUCAUCAGGUUCCCCUCGCAUUGUGAAACAGAGAGCCGGCCCUUCUAAUUUGGGUUCUCCUUUGAAAGUUGUCAGUGAGCCAAUUAAAGAAGUGAUACCUCAGUUUUUCUUUCAACAUGGACGUCCACCUCCUAAUGAUCUAAAAGAACAAUGCAUCUUUAGAACCGAUCAGUUAUUCCAUAAUCACUUGGAUGGACUGCAGGUGCAUGAAUUCAAAUCAAUUACUAAAGAAGUAUGCAAGCUGCCAUCAUUUUUUUCCACUGUACUUUUCAAAAAAAUUGACAACGGAGCUGGUGUUGUGACAAGGGAAGCAUUUAUUGAUUAUUGGAUUAAUGGCAAUAUGUUGACAAUGGAUUUAGCUACUCAAAUAUUCAUAAUUUUAAAGCAACCGCAGCUGAAUUACCUAACUCAGGAUGAUUUUAAACCUGUCUUGCGUGAGCUUUUAGCAAGUCAUCCAGGCCUGGAGUUCCUGCAGAGCACGCCUGAGUUUCAAGAAAGAUAUGCUGAAACUGUGGUAUACAGAAUCUAUUACUACAUUAAUAAAACCGGAAAUGGUCGUAUGACUCUGAGGGAGCUUAGGCGUGGAAACAUAAUUGAUGCAAUGCAACAUGCUGAUGAAGAGGAAGACAUCAACAAGGUUUUGAGGUACUUCUCUUACGAGCAUUUUUAUGUUAUAUACUGCAAGUUUUGGGAGCUGGACACAGAUCAUGAUUUCUUGAUAGACAAAGAGAAUCUUAUCAGAUAUGGUAACCAUGCGCUUACCUAUCGAAUAGUUGACAGAAUAUUUUCUCAGGUCCCAAGAAAGUUUACCAGUAAGGUUGAGGGAAAGAUGGGAUAUGAAGACUUUGUUUACUUCAUACUGUCAGAGGAGGACAAAUCAUCUGAACCAAGUCUUGAGUAUUGGUUCAAGUGCAUAGAUUUAGAUGGAAACGGGGUUCUGACAAGGAAUGAACUGCAAUUUUUUUAUGAGGAGCAACUGCAUCGGAUGGAGUGCAUGGCCCAAGAGCCUGUGCUUUUUGAGGAUAUAUUAUGUCAAAUAAUUGACAUGAUUGGACCUGAGGACGAGAGCUAUGUAAAUCUGCGUGACCUGAAAGGAAGUAAACUUUCAGGAAGUGUUUUCAACAUUCUGUUCAAUCUCAACAAGUUCAUGGCCUUUGAAACUCGUGACCCAUUUUUGAUUCGUCAGGAACGUGAGAAUCCAACAUUGACUGAAUGGGAUCGAUUUGCUCAUAGAGAAUAUAUUAGGCUUUCAAUGGAAGAAGACGUUGAAGAUGUCUCUAAUGGAAGUGCAGAAGUUUGGGAUGAAUCACUAGAAGCUCCCUUUUGA